GGUCCUUUGCCCGCGAGUUCGAUCGUGGAGGAUGAACAGCCGCUUGCAGGAGAUUCGUGAGCGGCAGAAAUUGCGUCGCCAACUCUUGGCUCAGCAGUUAGGGGCGGAAAGUGCUGAUAGCAUUGGUGCAGUACUGAAUAGCAAAGAUGAGCAAAGAGAGAUUGCUGAAACAAGAGAAACGUGCAGGGCUGCUUAUGAUACCUCUGCUCCAAAUUCCAAACGCAAAUUUCCAGAUGAGGGAGAAGCUGAUGAAGAAGAAAUAGAAGAAUAUAAGGAUGAAGUAGAGCUGCAGCAAGAAGAAGAGAACCUGCCAUAUGAAGAAGAAAUUUACAAGGAUUCCAGCACAUUUCUUAAGGGGACACAGAGUUUAAAUCCUCACAAUGAUUACUGUCAGCACUUUGUGGAUACAGGACACAGACCACAGAACUUUAUCAGAGACGUGGGCUUAGCUGACAGAUUUGAAGAAUAUCCAAAACUCAGGGAGCUCAUCAGGCUAAAGGAUGAGCUAAUAUCCAAAUCUAACACUCCCCCUAUGUAUUUACAAGCUGACCUGGAGGCUUUUGAUGUUCGUGAGCUAAAGUCCAAGUUUGAUGUGAUUCUUUUAGAACCACCAUUAGAAGAGUACUACAGAGAGACGGGAAUCACAGCUAAUGAGAAGUGCUGGACUUGGGAUGAGAUUAUGAAGCUGGACAUCGAAGAAAUUGCUUCUUUGCGAUCCUUUGUCUUCCUCUGGUGUGGUUCUGGCGAGGGUCUGGAUCUUGGCAGAAUGUGCUUGCGUAAAUGGGGUUAUAGAAGAUGUGAAGAUAUCUGUUGGAUUAAAACCAAUAAAAACAAUCCCGGAAAGACCAAGACUCUAGAUCCAAAGGCUGUCUUUCAACGAACAAAGGAACAUUGCCUUAUGGGUAUUAAAGGAACAGUCCGCCGAAGUACUGAUGGAGACUUUAUCCAUGCUAAUGUUGACAUUGAUUUAAUUAUCACGGAGGAACCUGAAAUUGGCAACAUAGAGAAACCUGUGGAAAUAUUUCAUAUUAUUGAACAUUUUUGCCUUGGAAGAAGACGUCUUCACCUAUUUGGACGGGAUAGUACGAUUCGACCAGGGUGGCUAACUGUGGGACCAACACUCACAAACAGUAACUUCAAUGUAGAAACAUAUACAUCUUAUUUUACACCUCCAAAUUCUCACCUGACUGGCUGCACAGAAGAGAUUGAGAGACUCCGACCUAAAUCUCCACCUCCAAAAGAUCGAGGAGGCGGAGCACCGAGGGGCGGAGGAAGGGGUGGAACUUCAGCUGGCCGCGGAGAAAGAGGCAGAGAGAGAAAUCGAACUAAUUUCCGGGGGGACAGAGGUGGAUUCCGGGGAGGAAGGGGAGGUGCACACCGUGGAGGCUUCCCUCCUCGUUGAACGUAUCCAAAUACCUUCAUCCAGUGCUAAUUCCGUAGCUUCUGCACAGGAGAGGACGGGGGGAGGUCGUAGUUCUGUUCAGAUUAUACUUAGUGACUCAGCCCAGAUGUUUACUACUAAACCAGUUUUGUGCAUGGUAAAGAUCAGCCCUAAUAUGGCACAUUAUUUUUCUUGUGAAGAAACAUCUAGCACUUGAUGGAAAAGAUUGUAACAGAUUCUACUCAGAAAGCUUGAGGUAAAAAAUGAGUGGCUCCAUUGUGGUUAGCUCUAAAGUUUCAUCUGGUCCCGUUCCUCUUUUGUUUAUGGACACAUACACUCUUACACUCUCAAUUGUUACCAUUGCUUCUGAAGUUUGACCAAUAUUUUCUGCUUGCUUUCUGUACAAUCUGAUUAAACAUAACUUCAGUUCCCAUUGCAAUAGUAGAUAAUAGGUGUUGAAAUGACAUUCCAGUGGGCAUUUAAUCCUCUUAUUACUGAGCUUUAAUUUUGUACACAUGGAAGAUGAUAAAGUUAAGAAGUUGGUGACCUUGAAGCCCGUUGUAAUGACUCCUAGCCUUCAUCAGUAUUCAGUUUACACCUAGUAUCUGUACAGUAACGUAGGAGUCUCAAUAGUGAGUUUUAGUUUUAUGUUCUCCUUCAUACUCCCUGUUCAUUUGGUGGAAACAAUCUUAAUUACAAUUGUGAUAAUGACUAGGAACCCAGAAAGAAUCCUGGAUUGUGAUGCUCAUUGAAAACUGAAAUCUGGACUUCUUGAUACUCAAAAUACUAAUCACGCAUUCCAGAAUUAAACUGUUUCAGUGGGAGAGGCUAUAGUGUGAGUUGUACUCCAUUUCAGAUGUUUACCUAGAAUUUGAUUAUGCCUUAAGUGUGGAGAUUGCAGAACCAUUCUAAAAUUAAAUUCCUUGGGCAAAGGUGAAUGAGUUCAUUUUUAUUGCAGCCAGGUGCCAUAUCUAGGGGACUGUUCUAUUCCCCCCGUUAAUUUGACUUUUUGCUUUUUUGGAGCACAGUGACUUCAUUGUCAUCUGACAAUGGUGUUUUAAGGAUUGUACUGUGCUCCUAAAUCUUGGGAACUUUUAAAUGGAAGCAAUUUUUGACAGACGCUUUCUUGGGGAGUUGCCUUUAUUUAAAUUCAGAAUGGUUAAUCUCCAUAGCAGAGUUGGUAUUGGCCGCUUUCCACUUUCAGCCUUAUGGUAUUUAACAUUCUAGCUCUGUGGCAUGAACUUGAUGUUACAUUUUAAAACUUGUUGGGUUUGAGGGAAGAGGUUAAAGACUUAAUAUACUGGGUGGGGGAGAGAGAUGGGGGGUUUCCUAUCUACAAUUCAUCUUGAGAUAAAAAGUUUGUAAGUACCGUCAGUUGAGCACCAGUCUAGCUCACUAUGUAAGCUGUUGUUGGAUGGACAAUAGCAGUAUAAAAAAAGCAUAAUCCUAUAGUGAUACUAUUAAUUUGGCAGAUUUUUCUGAUAACUGGUUUCUCUUAAACACUGUAAACCUGG